AUAUGAGGUUCUUAUGUUUGUGGAGAAGGCUUGUCUUUUAAGCAAAUUAUAGAUUACCUUUUAACUGCUUUUCUAUUUAUUUUAUAAUUGAUAUAAUAUUGGGCAGAAUCUUAUUUUUGCACUGGGAGAACAUGGAGGCAAGUGAGGAAGACACAUAACAAACAACACAGGGUCUUGGGGCCUGGGUUAGUAAUGAACAACAAUAGAUAUCUGGGUCAGUGGGAUCAGUGUCGUGGAUAUGUAAUGAACAACCCCAGACAUCUGGGCCAGUGGGGUCAGUGUCUUGGGUAAGGAAUGAACAACGCCAGAUAUCUGGGUCAGUGGGGCCAGUGUCUUGGGCACGUAACAAACAACACCAGAUAUCUGGGUCAGAGUCUUGGGUAAGGAAUGAACAGCCCCAGAUAUCUAGGUCAGUGGGGUUAGUGUCUUGGGCACUUAAAGAACAAUGCCAGAUAUCUGGGUCAGUGGGAUCAAUGUCUUGGGUGAGGAACAAACAAUGCCAGACACAGUGGUCUGGGUCAGUGGGGUCAGUACCCUGUGGCUGAAUUUUAUUUUAAAUUGAAUUAAAUUAAAUUAAAUUAAUUCAAAUCAAGUUAAGUAACUAAAACCCCCUCAUUUUUAUAUGCCUCUUCCCAUUUCCUUUUUUGUUUCCUUUGAUAGUGGUCUUUUAACAUUUUUACCAUACCUAUGAUUUUGUUCUUAAUACUGAUAUUUUAAGAAAUGCAAUCUUUUAAAGGUUUCUAGCAGCGCCAUAUGACCGCGAUGUUGCAGCGCCAUAAAUUAAAUCAAUCAAUCAAUCUCUCGAGAUGGGCAAGUUGUGGUCACAAGAAGAGGAAGAAUGUCAGCUGAUUGCUCCAGUAGUUUGCCACCUGUGUGUGUUUCUCUGCUGAGUCUGCCACAAAGAGAAGAAAAUCUAGCAAGACUUCGAGAAGAGGAAGAAAGAAGAAAAGAAGUAUCCACCAAAUUCAAUGUUACAUUAUCUGAGAUUUCUAAUUUAAUGAAGGAAAAUUCUGAUAAGAAUUCCAAGUUGAGAGAUGAAAACCAGGAUAUGGCAACCCGCCUACAGGAUCUUAUCAAGCAGUAUGAAUCAAGAGAAUCACAUGUGCAGAAGAUGGUUAAACAGAAGGAACUGCAGUGUCAAUUAAGUGAAGCAAGGAUGGCCAAGCAGCAAAUUGAGAUGACAGAAGACAGGGAGAAAAUGCUUCUAGAGAAGAAAACACUGUUGGAGGAGGUGGCUGCUUAUCAAAAGAAAACACAGGAGAUGUCUUUGAAUGAAAUAAGUCUUCGUACACAACUCAACUCCUACAUGGAAAAGUAUGAAGACUUCCAAAAAACUUUAGAAAAAUCCAAUCAGAUAUUUCACACAUUCAAGAAAGAGAUGGAGGAAAUGGCAAAGAAAAUAAAGAAAACAGAGAAAGAUACAAAGAGUUGGAAGGAAAGAUGGGAGGGAGCCAAUAAAGCAUUAUUGGAGAUGGUUACAGAGCGAUCACUUCUUGAAAAACAGCUGGAUCUACAAGUUAAGCAGAACAAACAGUUGCAGAACCUUUGCAGAGCACUUCAACAACAGCUAACUGAAAUUAGAAAACAAGAUAAAAACAACUCUGAGCCAGAGUGUAAGGAUCCGGACCAAAUAUCCCAAGAGAAAUGUGCAUUGGUAGAGGAUUCAACUGGGAAAAACAUAAACCCUUUGGAAACUGAAGGUUUUACUAUUGAGGAAACCAGUUUGCCAGUAGCAGUGGAAGUGACACUCAAGCCUGGGAAAGGUAUUGCCAAGGAAAUAGAGAAUGAUGAAUCUAAGGACAUAUGUGAUGUUGCUAAAGGUAUUGCCAGGGAAAUAGAGAAUGAUGAAUCUAAGGACAUAUGUGAUGUUGCUGUGGCCGAGGAUCAUGUUAAGAUAAUAGAACAGACUACUGAGGUUAAAGUUAAUGGGGAUUUUAUGACAGAGGAUCAUGUGGAAGUAAUGGAACAGAAUACUAAUGUAAAAGUUAAUGAAGAUGCUGUGACAGAGGAUCAUGUUGAAGUAAUGGAACCCAAUACUGAAGAAAAAGGCAUUGGGGAAAUAGAUCAGAAAGAUAGAGAAUCCGAAGCUGUUACAUAUAAUAUGGAUGAUGUGGAUUAGAUAGAUCUUUGUGAAUUAUUUUAUAGAAGUAAGAAAUCUGACAAUUUGUCAUGUUUGUGGGAUUUACCUCUUGGUUUUUUAUUUAGUAUGAAUAUAUGUAUGUUUGUGAGAGCUAUAAUACUAUCUUAAAAGUAUGAAGUUUAGGGUUUUGUAUUUAUGUAAAUAGUGACUAAUUCUUAUGUAUAUUUCAUGAGUGUCUGAUAGUUGGUAUUUGUGAUUUAAAAUUUUUAAAUGUGUACUGCAUGCCUGGAAUUAUUUGCAGUUUACUAAAAAGAAAUGUACAUUUUAUACCCUGACUUUACUUUUCUAGUCACUGGAAAAAUGAUGAUAGUAUAUACAGGGUGUAACAAGUUUUUGGAGAUAUUAUUAGAGGCGAAAGUACAGGUUAUUCUAAGUGGAAAAUGUUCUAUACGCGUAUGCAUUUUGAAGUGUUGUUUAGCCGUGGGAUGAAAUUUGAAUGGCCAGGCGAUAGAUACAACAGCCAGGCCAGGCAGGUGUUAGUAUUGCAGAAACACUAUGUCCUCAUACUCCAUCAUACUGUAAGUGUGUGACAUUUCCAACUUUUUUCUGUCAAAAUCAUGCAGUACAAUCUAAAUGUAUUCACUGUCACUGUCUUGGUGUAAAACUGCAAGUGACUGACUAGCAAUCCGCUGAUUUGCUGCUAGCGUCGGUCUUUCCACCUCCUUGUCCAGGCAGACAAGGUGUCACAUAGCCUAUUAUUUUACUUGUUGUUAAUUACAGCCAUUGUGUAAUUAUGUGCAUUGUGUAAUGUUUAUUGGUAAAUCACCUGUCCACCAAUACUACUGAUCUCAUUAUGGAAUACUGUAAUAUCCCAAAACUUUACUGAAUAACUUGCAAUUUUACCAUUGGACAUCCUGCAUCAGUACAUCCCACCAAGAUACCAGGCAGGCUGUUGUCAUCCAGCAACAUUCAAAUUUGAUCUCACAGCUAAACUAUGCCUCAAAAUGCUUAUAUUGUAUGUACAGAACAUUUUUUUACUUAGAAUAAUCUGUACUUUCGCCUUUAGCAAUAUCCACAAAAACUCUUGUUACACCCUGUAGAAUGCCAUGUAUUGUCAUCUCAUUAAUAUGUGUGGAAUGGUAUACACUGAAGUUAAAUCUCAAGUGCAAGGUGUGCAAUUAAUUAAAUGUGGUGGUGAUAUAUAUAUUAUUUUUGUGGGAUGUAAUAUGAUACAGGUUGACCAUCAGUACUUCAGCAUCCUUGGUUUUUAAUCACCCCAAAUCAGCUGUUUUUCCCAGACUAACUGAUUUGCCCCUUGGCACAUAUAAUACACCUCUCAAUAUAUAUAUAAAAAAAAAGGUGCAUCAAAGUAUGUUUUCAAGUAAAAUGAAAUAGCUUCUGUAUUAAAUGUAGAUUACAUACUUAGUACAUACAUACAUACAUACAUAUACCAAGGCUGUUUCCCCCACAAAAAAGAGGGGGGAGCCAAGACAAUGGACCCAACUUUCACAUUCACACACAUUCACACCACUCUCUUAGCCAUUUGGUUUCUGAUGGAGAAGAGAAAGCACUCCUGCCCUCAUAAACACAAACACAAAUAUCAUAAAAUAGGAAGCAGUGCUUAGCAAACUCAUUGAUAUAUUCCUGCUCCUUUCUUCUUUGCCAAUCAUUUUUCUUCACAAACCUUAUGCAUUGAAAUGGUGUGUCAUUCCUUGAAUUUCUGCAACCACCCUUCAGUAUACAUGCAGUGAUGUUCUAAACCAAGCUCUCUAUGGAACAACUUUUUCCAUCAUCAUCAUACCAGAUAUAUCCACGCUAUCACUCCACUCUUGAAAUCGUUGCACCAUUACUCAGUCAUACAUAAUAUGGACUCUUUUCAUCUUUCAUUGUUUUGUGUAUGCACAUUUCUUUGAAUUACUAUCAGCAAAGAAAUGCUUCAAGUUUUCUUGCUGCUUCUUUAUAUUGUACACAGGUGAUGAUCCUGUGCCAUAAUCUUCACACAAAUGACAAACAGAAGCACUACAGUCCAGCUGUGCCAACACUCACAUUUUCUUCAAUGUUAUUGUGUUUUGUUUGCAUUUUAUAUCAUAAUUACUUCCUCCUUUUGAAGUCAUAGCUUGUGUGAAAUAAAAGUCAAAUCAGAAAAUGGAAAAAAUGUUCUCAGUGUUGGUUACACACACACACACACACACACACACAUACAUACACAAUUGGAUACAUCACAACAGCUACAAGGAUUUACCUAGAUUUGCUUGUAGAGGGGCCAAGCUUUGAGUCCUGUCUCCACAAUAGAGUCUUGUGCAAGGUGUGGGCACAGGGGAAGGGGAAUUGUUACUCAAGGAGUGGCUGAAAGGGAGAAAUGAGAGUGAUACAAGGUAAACAAACACUGGUGGUCAGUGAUAUCAACAAGGAAGAUGGUGGCCAUCACGAACCCAAAUAUUUUUGAGGGCUUCAAGAAAGAGGAUCUCAGCGUAGCGCACACAAAUUAAUGAAUAUGGAAAAUUGAAGAAAAAAUGUGAAAAUGCGAGAAGAAAUAUGUAGCUUAACAGCAAUGAUAAAGGCAUGGCAUGGAAGAAAGAGAAGUAGGUGGUGACAAUGUAAAAAAGAUAUCCAGUGAUAUAAUGGAGAUGAAAAAGAGGGAGAUGGAAAGAGAAAAAGAAAACAAAGAACUGAGAGAAGAGGUGACAAAAUAAUGGACUUAAAACAUGAAGUACUGUGAAGAAAUUAAGAAACUCAAGAAAGAGAACAAAGAGUUAAAGAUCAUUCUGCAAGAGAGAGAGGUUAGUGUUGGAGAAGUAAAUGAGUAUAUGAAAGAAAAGUCAAAAGUCAGAAAGAAGAGAGAGAGAACAACAACAAAAGGUAGACAUGGAGGAGAUAAUAAGGUAACAGCAACAGGAACACAAUAUGGAUAUGGAAAAGCAAAUGAUUAAAAUAGUAAAGGAAAAAAAGUAAUCUUGUGAGAGACACAGUACAGAGAAAGAUGUGUGUGGUGGUAUUUGGGGUCAAGGAUAAGAAUCUACCCAUGAAAAUAGCUAGAGAGAAAGAAGUGAAAAGGGCUAAGGAAAUUAUAGCAUAAGUGGCAGAAGGAGAGGGGAUAGUUGAACAAAUUGAAGAGGUUUACAGGAUAGGAAAGUAUGAAGAAAAUGGAACAAAACCAAUGAAAAUAAGAUUCAUGUCAUAAACAGCAGCAGAACAUGUCUUGCAAAGAACAGGAAAAUUGGCAAAAGUAGAAUAAAGGAAAUAUGGAUAGAAAGAGACAUGAACAAAGAAGAGAGAAGUAAAUUGAAAGAAUUGAAAGUAGAGGCCCAUUCAAAAAAUGAGAAGAGAACACAGGAACAAGUGAGAAGAUUCACCUGGAAAGUUGUGGACAUGAAAGUGAGGAAAUGGUGGCACAAAGAUGCCACGCAAGAUCACUAAGCAGAAACUUAAAGAUUAUGUAUAGUAACAUAGAUGGUUUGGUGUCUAGCCUAUGGGAACUUAAAGCACAAAAGUCUAUGGGACUACUUAAAGCACAAAAAACCAGAUGUGGUAUGUUUAACAAAAACCAAACUAAAAGAGGAAAUAAAGUUGGGAUUUGCAAAGGAAGGAUACAGCACAUGGAGGAGAGACAGAAAAGGAAAGGGAGGAGUGAUGAUAUUGGUAAAAGGAUAUUGUUGUUGAGGAAGUGGAAUAUGGUGACGGAAUGGUGGAAAUAUUGAGUGUUGUGAUUAAGAUUAAAGGAAGUGAAAAAAGGAAAAUCAUUGUGACAUACAUACUACCAAAAACUAAUGCAUGGGAGACCAAUAAAUUUAAAAGUAUGCAACUAGAAACAAAAAAAUAGUAUAGAGGAAAUGAUAAGGAAAAGUAACAAUGCUCUUAGUAGGCAACUUCAACACUAAAGGAAUUAACUGGGAGGAGAUGGAAGUGAAAGAAAAUGUCAGGUCAUGGAGUGAAGAACUUAUGCAAACCAUGAUGGUGAAUACUGGGUGAACAAGCCUACAAGAUGUCGAGGAGAAGAACCAUCACAGUUGGACUUAGUGUUUACAAAAAAAAAAAAAAAAAAAAAAAAAAAGUAGACCAAGUAUACAUUGUCUGAGUCCACUGGGAAGAAGUGAUCAUGUAAUAAUAGAAAUAGUACCACAGAAGGGAAAAGUGUUGAACAGGAAAGAACAAUACAGAAAUGGGAGACAAAAUUGUACUAAGGCAAACUUUGCAGAGCUUAAUAAAUUUUAUGGAAAAAUUAACUGGAAAGAGCUGUUUAAAGGUAAAGUAGUGCAAGAAAAAUAUGAAAUAUUUUUGAGCAAGUAUAGAGAGGGGAUGCAACAGUUUGUGCUAAGUUAUAAAGUGAAAAUUGGGAAGCAUGAAUGGUAUAAUGCCAGGUGUGUAGAAGCAAAAAAGAAAAAGGACAGGGCAUGGAAGAAAAUGAUGAGACAACUGAACAGAAAUACUAGAGAAGAAUACAGAAAGGCAAGGAAUGAAUAUAGUAUAAUAAGAAGAGAAGAAGAAAGAAAUUUUGAAAGUGACAUAGUAAGAAAAUACAAGGAAGAACUCAAACUCUUCUACAGAUACACAAACGGGAAAAUGAAACAUAAAGAUGGCAUAAACAUGUUAAAAAGGGAAGAAAGAAUUUAUGAAACAACUGAGGAGAUGAGUGAACUAAUGAAUGAGAAUUUUCAAUCCGUGUAUACGAAGGAAACCGAAUUUGUGGCACCGAAAGUGGUAUCACAGAAUGAGGGAAUACAGCAAAUAAAAGUAAAGAGACAAGAAAUCAAGAAACUAAUGGAAGAGCUGGAUGUUAGAAAAGUUAUGGGAGCAGAUCAGGGAAAUGGAUGGAUAUCAAAAGAAUGCAGAGAACAAAUGGAAGAACCCAUAUGGGAUAUAAUUAACAGCUCAUUGAGAGAAGGAAAAGUACCAAGGGAAUGGAAAAGAGCUAACACAGUGCCAAUAUGCAAAGGAAUUAAAGUGGAACCAUUAAAUUAUAGACCAGUGUCACUAACAAGUAUUAUAAGCAAGCUUUGUGAAAUAGUAAUGGGUAGAAUAUUUAGGAGAUGAAAAAUACAGAAAAACAAUUUGGAUUCAGGAAAGGGAGAUCCUAUGUCACUAAUCUACUGAGCUUCUAUAUGAGAGUAAUAGAUGGAGUGCAGGAGAGGGAUUGAUGGGUUGAUGCAGUUUACCUGGAUCUCAAAAAAGAAUUUGAUAAAGUUCUCCACAAAAGCCUUAUGUGAAAGCUAGAGAAUGGAGGAGGAGUAAAGGGAGCAACAUUGAGAUGGAUCAAGGGUUAUUUUCAAGGGAGGAAAAUGAGAACAGUAAUCAGAGACACCAGUUCAAGUUGGCGGAAAGUGACAAGUGGGAUAUCACAAAGAUCUGUGUUGGCACCUAUUAUGUUUCAGAUAUAUGUAAAUGAUAUGACAGAGGAUCUAAAUAGUUAUAUAAACCUGUUU